AUGCUACUCCACCAACUUCCUGCUUGUCUGACUGCAGUGGUCUGUGGAUUCCUGCUUCUCCCACUCCAGAUUCAGGGCCAGGAGCCAGCCAGCCCCAUCAGAACCACACAAUAUGGGCAGGUGCAGGGCAGCCUCGUCCAUGUGAAUGACACCAAUGUGGGAGUCCACACCUUCCUGGGCAUUCCCUUUGCCAAGCCACCUGUAGGCUCAUUGCGAUUUGCCCCUCCAGAGCCCCCUGAACCAUGGAGUGGUGUGAGGAAUGCCACCUCCUACCCAGCCAUGUGUCUGCAAGUUGCUUUUAAUAUAAAUAUACCUUCCAUCUCAAUGUCUGAAGACUGCCUUUAUCUUAACAUCUAUUCACCUGCUGGUGCCCAGGAGGGCUCUAACCUGCCUGUGAUGGUGUGGAUCCAUGGUGGUGCAUUUGUUAUGGGCAUGGCUUCCUGGAAUGAUGGAUCCAUGCUGGCAGCCAUUGAGAAUGUGGUGGUGGUCACUAUCCAGUACCGUCUGGGAGUCCUGGGCUUCUUCAGCACUGGAGACCAGUAUGCCACUGGAAACUGGGGCUACCUGGACCAAGUGGCCGCCCUACGCUGGGUCCAGCAGAAUAUCGCCUACUUUGGAGGCAAUCCCAAUGGUGUCACCAUUUUUGGCGAGUCUGCAGGUGGCACAAGUGUGUCCUCACAUGUCGUGUCCCCCAUGUCCCAAGGACUGUUCCAUGGUGCCAUCAUGGAAAGUGGGGUGGCUGUGGUGCCAGACCUCAUCUCCAGCUCCUCUGAACCAGUCUCCUCAAUGGUGGCCAACCUGUCUGCCUGUGUGAAGAUGAACUCAGAGGCCCUGGUGCGCUGCCUGCGGGCCAAGAGUGAAGAGGAAAUGCUGGCUAUUACCAAGACCUUCAAGGUCAUGCCUGGAGUGGUGGAUGGGGUCUUCUUACCCAGGCAUCCCAAAGAGCUGCUGGCCUCUGCUGACUUCCACCCUGUCCCUAGCAUCAUUGGUGUUAACAGUGAUGAGUAUGGCUAUGGCAUCCCCCAGAUGUUGGGAUUAUUUGACAUGAUAAUGGGAAUAAAUAGAAGCAACUUGCCAUCUGUCAUGCAGUACAUGGUACAACGCAUGAACUUGCCUGCUGAGUGUGCUCACCUGCUGAUGGAAGAGUACAUGGGGGACACAGAGGACUCCCAGACCCUCCAAGCUCAGUUCCAAGACAUGAUGGCGGACUUUACAUUUGUGAUGCCUGCACUGCAUGUAGCACAUUUUCAGCGUUCUCACGCUCCUGUCUACUUCUACUUGUUCCAACAUCGUAAGAACUUGACCUCGAACCCCAGGCCUCCAUAUGUGAGGGCCGACCAUAGUGAUGAGGUUGAAUUUGUCUUUGGGUCUUCUUUGUAUGGCAGCAGCCCGGGCUUUUCUGAGGAAGAGGAGCUACUGAGCAGGAGGAUGAUGAAGUACUGGGCCAACUUUGCCCGGAAUAGGAACCCCAACAGUGCGGAUCUGCUCCACUGGCCCAUGUUUGACCAGAACGAGCAAUAUCUACAGCUGGACAUUCAUCUUGCUGUGGGUCAGGCCUUGAAGACCUCCAGGCUGAAGUUCUGGACCAAGACCCUGCCCCAGAAGAUCCAGAAUCUCAAUGGGGCCUCACAUCUGAGUAUCAGCAUCUUGAACUAA